GACUAUUCAGACGCGUGCUCAACACCCCGCACCAGCCAUGGCCAACACCACAGACGCCCUCAACAUCCAGAGCCGCAUAUCCACCAUGAAGCAGCAGGCCGGCGCCACAAUCUUCGACUUGUACCAGACAUCUCUGACAGGGCGUUAUUGCUCUGCAGAGAUGUCGCAGCUCUUCUCGCAGCGCAGCCGCCACUCGACAUGGCGCAAGCUGUGGCUGUUCCUGGCCGAGUCGGAGAAGGAGCUCGGCAUUGAGAGUAUCACCGACGAAGCCCUGAGCCAGAUGAGGGAGCACCUGACUGUUACCGACGAGGAUUUUGGCGUUGCAAAGGUCGAGGAGAAGAAGAGGAGGCACGACGUCAUGGCUCACGUCCACGCAUAUGGACAGGUCGCGCCAGCUGCGGCGGGAAUCAUCCACUACGGAGCAACGAGCUGCUAUGUCACAGACAAUGCCGAGCUCCUGCUCAUGCGCGACGGUCUGGACCUCCUGCUGCCCAAACUCGCAAAAGUCAUUUCCAACCUCUCGGCCUUUGCCCUCCAAUGGAAAUCGGAACCCACCCUGGCCUACACCCAUCUGCAGCCCGCCCAGCUCAUCACCGUCGGAAAGCGCGCGGCCCAAUGGGCGCAGGAUCUUCUCUUUGACCUCGAGGCGAUUGAGAGCGUGCGCGAGAGCUUGCAGUUCCGCGGCGCGCAGGGAACUACUGGAACGCAGGCCUCUUUUCUCGAAAUCUUCAACGGCGACAGCCAAAAGUGCGACCAGCUCAACGAGCUCCUGUGCAAGAAGGCAGGAUUCCCCUCGUGCUACGCCGUCUCCACACAGACCUACACGCGCAAGGUCGAUCUCAUCAUUGCAAACGCCAUCUGCGGACUGGGAGCUAGUGCGCAGAAGAUUACUGGAGAUAUCCGCCACCUCGCUGCGUGGAAAGAGCUCGAGGAGCCGUUUGAAAAGGACCAGAUUGGCUCGUCGGCCAUGGCGUACAAGCGCAACCCCAUGCGUUCGGAGCGCAUCUACGCCCUGUCGCGAGAACUCAUGUCCAAGCCCGCCUCGUUUGCCAACACCCUGUCAGACCAGUGGAUGGAGCGCAGUCUGGACGAUUCGGCCAUUCGCCGCAUCGACAUUCCUGAGAUGUUCCUCCUCGCCGAUGCCAUCCUACUGUCCCUCGACAACGUCACCUCGGGCCUUGUCGUGUACCCCAAGCGCGUCGAUGCGCGUGUCCAGGAAGAGCUCCCUUUUAUGAUUACCGAGUCCAUCAUCAUGCGCCUCGUUGCAAAGGGCGAGUCCCGCCAGGAAGCCCACGAGCAGAUUCGCGUCCUGUCGCACCAGGCGGGCGCCCAGGUCAAGAACGAGGGCAAGCCCAAUGACCUUGUUGACCGCAUCCGCAAGACCGACUUUUUCAAGCCCAUCUGGAGCGAGCUGGACAACAUGCUCGACAGCAAGCUGUAUACAGGCCGUAGCCAGGAGAUUGUCGAAAAGUUCUGCGGCAAGGGUGGCGUGCUGGACAAGCAGCUGGAAAAGUACCAGGCGUAUAUCCAGGGAGCAAAGGUCAGCGAGUUGAGUGUGUAGAUGCAGGAACGGCGUGUUUGGCGUUGCUUAUUCACAUUUAAAGGGGUGAUAGAAAAAAUGACAGAAGCUACAGGAAAUGAAAAGUCGUUUAU